AAAGGAGAAGAGAGAGACGCGAGGAGGAGAAGACAAAGGAGAGGAUCAGAUGGGGCUGAGAGCGACACGGGCUACGAUUCUUCUCUUCCUCUUCUUCCUCUCUUCCCCUCUUCCAUCAUCGACGGUGAUCGCAGGCGGGAGCGGGGAGGACUACGUCCGGCCGUUGCCUCGGAAAACCCUAAGUCUCCCGUCGAGGCCCAAGCGUUCUUCCGAUCCACAGCAGGUUCACAUUUCUUUGGCAGGAACACAGCACAUGCGAAUAACAUGGGUGAGUGAUGAUGAAUUUUCUCGUUCAAUAGUUGAAUAUGGAACUUCACCAGGAGAAUACACUUCAUCGUCUCAAGGAGAGAGUGCAUUUUACAAAUAUUUACUGUAUUCUUCUGGGAAGAUAAAUCAUGUUGUUAUUGGGCCCCUUGAAAGUAGCACCACUUACUUCUACCGGUGCGGUGGACAAGGUCCUGAGUUCCAGUUUAUGACCCCACCUUCAGAAUUUCCAGUAACAUUUUCUGUAGUUGGUGAUCUUGGGCAAACAGGCUGGACAAAAUCAACUCUAGAUCACAUAAGUCAAUGCAAAUAUGAUGUGCAUCUUCUCCCUGGAGAUCUCUCCUAUGCUGAUUACCAGCAGCAUUUAUGGGAUUCUUUUGGUGCACUGGUGCAGCCACUUGCCAGCUCUAGACCAUGGAUGGUAACAGAAGGAAACCAUGAAAAGGAGAGUAUAGUAUUUUUUAAAUCUGGAUUUCAAGCAUAUAAUGCAAGAUGGAAGAUGCCAUAUGAAGAGUGUGGGUCUACAUCCAAUCUGUAUUACUCAUUUGAGGUUGCAGGUGUUCACAUUAUCAUGCUUGGGUCAUAUUCCGAUUAUGAUGAGAACUCAGAUCAAUAUGCUUGGUUAAAGACUGAUCUUGCUAGACUAGACAGGGAAAGGACACCGUGGCUGCUAGUUCUAUUGCACGUACCAUGGUAUAAUAGCAACUGGGCUCAUCAAGGUGAAGGGAAAAGCAUGAUGGCUGCAAUGGAGCCAUUGCUUUAUGCUGCUGGUGUCGAUAUAUUUAUUGCUGGCCAUGUGCAUGCUUAUGAAAGAAUGGACCGGGUCUACAAUGGUGGUUUAGAUCCUUGUGGUCCUCUGCACAUAACCAUUGGAGACGGAGGCAACAGGGAAGGUUUGGCUCAUAGAUUUAAUCACCCAAAGCCAGAGUGGUCAGUUUACAGAGAAGCAAGCUUUGGCCAUGGUGAACUGAAGAUCGUGAACUCGACACAUGCAAUUUGGAGUUGGCACAGGAAUGAUGAUGAUGAAUCAGUAAAAUCAGAUGAGGUUUGGAUCAACUCUUUAGCUAGCACUGGAUGCAUCCAUGAGAAUAGGCCCGAGUACAGGAAAAUUCUGAUGUCUCCUUAACAUUUACACCCUGAAGCAUUUACAACCAAAAGACAUCUUGUUGCUAAUGUACAUAUGUAUCAUAAAACCUAUGUAGACUAAGCUCACUGCUGUGAAAUUUGAUGCUUGUAGAACAAUACCCUUGUCGACAUCUACAUGUAAAAGGCUACAGUCUGGUUUUGCUGGUACCGAGGAUGAUAAUUUCGGUUGUAAAAAUGCUAUAUUUGGUUUAGCA